AAUUGUUUCAGAUCUUAUAAGAAGUCAAAAGGGGUUCUCCCAUAAGCACGAAAAUGAACACGAUCUCGUGCGUAGAACCCAAGAUACUCUGGAAUUUAUUAGUAUCGUUAUUUGACGAGACGCAUCUCAGAGCAGCACAAACUUCGAUCUUGCUGUGCUCAAAUUAAAUCAAAAGAAUCGUAUCUUUUGCGGUUCGAUCGAUCUCCAACUUCUUCUCAUGAGCAUUAUGAAGCCUUCCAAGUCAGAAAAAGGGCGCUUCAUCAUCCUCUGCUUCUUCUUCAUCAUCUCCCUCUGUAUCUAUGCCUCCAUUAAUGAAGCUCGAUUCGAUGGCCUGUUAAGAUUCACUCGUGGCUGUGAUGCAGCGAAUAAUUCUUCUUCUUCUUCCUCCUCCGAGUCUCUUACUGCCGUUUCUGCUUCUUCCUCUUCCGACGGCGGCGAUGACAUUCGAAUUCUCAUCGGUAUCCUCACGCUUCCCGACCAGUACCUCAAGCGGCAUUUCCUCCGUCUAGUCUACGGCAUACAAUCUGUGGAAGGCGCGAAAAUUGAUGUCAGGUUUGUCUUCUGCAACCUGACAAAAGAAGACCAGAAAACUCUGGUAGCUUUAGAAAUCAUGCGACACGACGACAUCAUAAUCCUCAACUGCCCAGAAAAUAUGAACAAAGGCAAAACGCUAACGUACUUCUCGAGUCUCCCUGAGCUCUUCAACGACACCGACCGACCAUACCCUCCGUACCACUAUGUCAUGAAAGCCGACGACGACACGUACUUGAGACUCCCAAACUUGGUGGAAUCUCUGAAACCGUUGCCGAGGGAAGAUCUGUACUACGGGUAUGUGAUUCCUUGCCGGAGCAUGGACCCGUUCGUGCAUUACAUGUCGGGGAUGGGAUAUCUGGUGUCGUGGGACAUAGCGGAGUGGAUAAGGGAGUCGGAUAUUCCGAGGAAGCAUUUCGAGGGGCCGGAGGAUAAGGUGUUCGGAGAGUGGAUGAGGGAGGGACGGCGAGGGAAGAACAGGUUCAAUGGGAAGUGGUCGAUGUACAAUUAUCCGGAGCCGCCGACGACCUGCACCCACGAGCUGUGGCCGGACACAAUCGCCGUCCAUUUGCUGAAGAAUCAGGAGAAGUGGAUCAAAACGCUCAAGUACUUCAAUGUUACAGAUAGUAUGAAGCCUUCAAAGUUGUAUCAUAUACCUUAGGCUGAUUAAUUUUCUAGCAGAGUUUCGUUAAUUUUGACCAUUUUGUUGAUUUGUUUAUUUUUACAGAAAACAUAAAAUAAAAAAGGUUGACUGUAUCUAUGGUCUGUAAUCUCUGCUUCUGUGCUGAACCAUAUCAGAAAAGGGUCAGGGAUGAUAAAGACAUGAAAUUAUGAACGCAGGGGAGGGUGUAUUG